GUGGGAGUAGAGUGCCAGGACUGACACACUACUGCAUCAGUCGUGCCGUGCCGCUGCCAUGGCAUUGUCUACCAGGUGUCGAGAUGACGAAUGUAUAUUGUUUACAUUAAACGGACAAGUUCAUAAUGUAUCAUCAGUAAAGGGCGAUCUGUCCCUCAAUACAUAUAUCAGGGAGUAUGCUAAACUGAAGGGCACCAAGUUCAUGUGCCGAGAGGGAGGAUGUGGCAUCUGCAUUGUCAGUCUACAGUUUACACAUCCUGCCACGGGUCAAGAGAGAGUGGUCUCAGUUAACUCCUGCAUGUUCCCUGUCCUCGCCUGUCAUGGACACAAGGUAACCACUGUGGAAGGUAUCGGCAGCAGGAAGACAGGGUAUAACGAGAUACAGAGCAGACUAGCUCACUUCUACGGUACCCAGUGUGGUUAUUGCACUCCGGGGUGGGUUAUGAGUAUGUACAGCUUUAUUAAAGCUAAUCCUGAAGCAACCAUGAAGGAAAUUGAAGAUUCAUUUUCAGGAAACCUCUGCCGCUGCACUGGAUAUCGACCGAUUCUCGAUGCCUUCAAGUCAUUUGCUAGUGAUAGAAGUAAAGAACUGGCACAAAAGGUUUCUGAUAUUGAAGAUCUACUGAAAGUUUGUCCAAAGAGUGGAGUAUCCUGUAACGAACAGUGUACAAGAGAACAAUCAAAGAGGACUCCCUUCGCUUGCGUUGCAAAGAAUGGCCAAGAUGAUUGUGACAUAGAGUUCCUGGAAGUGGCACUCGCCGUACGGUCCCUGAAACUAGAACUCCGGGACGGAACUCAGUGGUACAAGGUUUCUGAUGUAAAUGAGAUUUUUGAAAUCUUCGAGAUGAUACAUGGAAGUUACAGGCUUGUUUGUGGAAACACUUCUAUAGGUAUUUUGAAAGACCAGCCUCCUCCGGAAGUAUUCAUUGAUAUAAACGAUGUGGCUUUCUUGAAAGCUCAUUCAUUUUACUCAGGCAGUCUGUACGUCGGGGCCAAUACAACUCUAACUGACGCCAUCGCUCUGUUCAAAGCGGUUUCAGUAGAAAAUCCUGAGUAUUUUGCUUACACCGAGCAGUUGGCCCUUCAUAUACAGAAAGUCGCAAACGUUCCUGUCAGAAAUGUAGGAACGAUUGCAGGCAACUUGUCUAUAAAACACGCAGCAAGAGAGUUUCAGUCAGACAUCUUCCUCAUUCUGGAGGCUGCAGGAGCUCUAAUCUCUAUCAGAGGAGACAAUGAAGCUAUUGAAUGCCUCACCCUUCCAGACUAUUUAGAAACUGACAUGUACAAGAAGGUCAUCCUACAGAUCAUUCUUCCUCCACUGGACUGUAAUGAUUAUAUAUUUAAAAACUUAUCACUGACAAUGUUAUAUAUAGGAUUAGAAGUUAUUAAGAGUGCCUUGUAUGUUAUAGGAGGAGACAAUGAAGCUAUUGAAUGCCUCACCCUUCCAGACUAUUUAGAAACUGACAUGUACAAGAAGGUCAUCCUGCAGAUCAUUCUUCCUCCACUGGACUGUAAUGAGUAUAUAUUUAAAACUUAUAAGAUUGCACCAAGAGCUCAGAACGCAUUGGCUUAUGUAAAUGCAGGCUUCAGGUUUAAAGUGAAUAAAAAUGACAAAUACAGAGUUGUGGAACUGCCUCGUCUAGUGUUUGGAGGAAUCAACCCUUCUUUCAUCCACGCUGAAAACACAGAGAGAUAUCUCGUAGGCAGGAGAUUACUGGACAUGUCUACUCUGCAAACAGCUCUUAAUAUAUUGGGAAAGGAAAUUAAGCCAGAUUACAGACUACCAGACUCUAGUCCUGAGUAUAGGAGAGGUCUUUCACUUGCUCUAUUUUAUAGGGUAAUCCUGAGUGUAAGCCCAAGCAGUGUGAGAGUCCGCUACCGCAGUGGAGGAGAAGAUAUCACGAGGCCAUUGUCUUCAGGCAAACAGGAGUUUGACACUGACAGUUCUAGACCUCCUCUCUACCAGCCUUUCCCCAAACUGGAAUCACUCAUCCAGUGCUCUGGCGAGGCGGAAUACAUUUAUGAUAUGCCAACUGUUGGGAAUGACGUGUAUGCUGCUUUGGUCAUCUCUAAAAAAGGUCCUGGCAUAAUGGCCGAUAUAGAUCCAUCUGAGGCGAUGAAAAUUCCUGGAGUGAUCGCAUUUUUCUCUGCAAAAGAUAUUCCUGGUAAAAAUACAAUUGCGCCAAAGAAUGAAUUCAUACUAUAUGAAGAGGAGUUAUUUGCCUCCAAGGAGAUUCAGUUUGCUGGCCACCAAGUCGGCAUUGUGGUAGCUCUGACUCAAACUUUGGCGGACGUGGCUGCGGAAAGGGUAAAGAUUGUGUACAGCAAGCGUAGAAAACCAGUGCUGGAUGUGAGGACAGUUGUCAGAAACAACGAUCAGUCUAGAAUCGUUUUGAGGCAAGAACAAGAAGCAACUGCGACUCCUGGAAGUGUCACAAAAGUAGUCAAAGGAGACUUUAAAAUGGACACCCAAUAUCAUUUCAUGAUGGAAACUCUGACUUGCUUCGCCAUUCCCACAGCAGAAGGUCUGGAUGUUCACUGUAGCACUCAGUGGAUGCAGGUGGUUCUGGAGACCAUCGCCUUGGUACUCAACAUACCUGAAAACAGGAUAAACAUGAAGCUGAGUCGAGUUGGUGGAGGAUACGGACAGAAGGUGACACGAGCCAACAUAGUCGGAGGAGCCUGCAGCCUGGCCGCGUACCUUCUGCAGAGACCGGUCCGUAUGGUGGUCAAACUAGAGACUAUGAUGGAAGCUAUCGGCACCAGAUGGCCUUGUUUAGUUCAGUACGAGGCAGGAGUAAACGACGAGGGAAUGAUACAGUACAUGAAGACAUAUGUUUACGAGGAUGCUGGUUCUGCAUUCAACGACUUCGUUGCCGAUUAUACAAUACUGGCGUUCACUAACGUUUACGACCCAAGCACUUGGUCUACAAAAAUAUACGACGUGAGAACGGACAAACCUUGUACCGCCUGGGCUAGAGCACCGGGUACGUUGGAAGGUGUGGCGCUCGCAGAGCAUAUUCUUGAACAUAUAGCACACGAAGUAGGCAAGGACCCUCUGUCUGUGAGGAUGAAGAACUUGGACGAAAAGUAUCCUAUAAGGGCUAUGGUAGCCCUGCUGAACGAGAAGGCGGAUUAUGAAAAUCGCAAAGAAUGUGUCAAAGAGUUUAAUAAGGCGAAUAUGUGGAAGAAGCGAGCUUUGUCUGUCGUGCCAAUAAGGUUCCAGAUGGAUACAUUCAGUAACUACAACGCUAUCGUCUCCAUUUACAGAAACGAUGGAACAGUAGCAAUAGCGCAUGGUGGCAUCGAAUGCGGUCAAGGCAUCAAUACAAAGGCAGCUCAGGUGUGUGCCUCAGCACUGGGAAUUCCCCUGGAUUUUGUUGUCGUGAAACCCACUAACAACCUGACGUCUCCCAAUGACGGGUUCACUGGUGGAAGUUACACCUCUGAGAGUGUCUGUUAUGCUCUAGAGCAGUGCUGUAUGGAACUCAACAAGAGGUUGGAGCCAGUGCGUAGUAACCUAGUUGCGCCAACAUGGUUGGAAGUGGUACAGGCAGCCUACACUGAGCAGAUCAAUCUGACAGCUACUUACAUGUAUGCGCCAAAACAAGGCGAAGCGGUCCAUUACCAAAUAUUUGGAGUCAUCAUUAUUGAAGUUGAAGUUGAUAUAUUGACUGGAGAACAUAAGAUUUCAAGAGUAGACAUUCUUGAGGAUGCCGGGAAGCCUUUCAACCAAUUUGUGGACAUAGGACAGCUUGAAGGAGCCUUUAUAAUGGGCCUAGGUUACUGGACGUCUGAGAAGUUGGUUUAUGAUCCUGACACCGGGAGGGUUCUAACCAAUAGGACAUUGAAAUAUGAAAUCCCAGGCGCAAAGGAUAUCCCAGUAGAUUGGAGAGUUUACUUAUUAAAGAAUGCGGAUAAUCCACUUGGCAUCCUCAGAUCUAAAGCUGUUGGAGAACCUCCUAUAUGUCUGGCAAUAUCAGUCUUAUUCGCUAUGAGACAAUGUGUACGAUCUGCAAGGAGUGAUUUAUGCCUUCCAGAUGAAUGGCUGGAAAUGGAUGCACCAUUUACUGCAGAAAACAUCUUUCUCAGCUCCGAAAUCGACGAAAAGAACUACGUACGAUAAGACAAUGGAGCUCUACAACACACAACGUGUACAGGAAACCUGCCUACAGAAUGCACACAUUACUUUUGUUUCAGUGAGAUAAAUUAUCAUAGAAUCUUAAACGGAUGAAAUAAAAGAUCCAAAGAUCAAA